AGAUAUAGAGAUAGAGAGAGAGAGAGAGAGAGAUACAAGAUCAACCCUUCAACGGUUCAUGGCACAGCAAAUUUACUAGUUUCAGAACUGAACUUGAGAUAACACAAGCAUAAGCCCUAAUUUUUAUUUUUACCCCCAAAAAACCUUAGUUUUGCUUCCAAAACACUGGAAAUCUGAUAAUGGUGUCGGAUCUGAUGACAGAGAUGGAGAAGUAGACGCUGAGUUCAUAUUGUCACCUUUGCAAAUUGUUUUGCUCACUACCAGCGGUGUUGAAGAAGAUGUUGCAAAUUGUAAGUCAGUUCAGAUUUAUGCUUUCACAAGAUUUACCAUUGAAUGCUUGUUUUGUUUUGAUUUGGGCAUUUUAUCAUUGAAUUGAAGCUAUAUAAGCUGUAAUUGAUUAGUUUUCUCUGCUGGGUUCUCUUUUUCUGGCUCUAGCAUUUGAGUUUGUUGUAAGAUAAAUAGUGAAAAGAGGGUUGCAAAAGAUCUAUUAGUUCUACUGGAUUGAUGGGUUUUAGCUGUACUGUUGAUUAAAUUGUAGUUUUGGGAUGAGUUCUACUUUACUUCCUAAACAUGUAGCCGCCGUGGUAAAAUAUCAGAAAAACCCACUGAGGGCACUAGAAAUGUUCAAUUCAGUGAGAAAUGAAGAAGGGUUUAGGCACAAUUUAUUAACUUAUAAAUGCAUGAUUGAGAAGCUUGGUUUUCAUGGGGAAUUCGAGGCAAUGGAACGUUUCCUUGCGGAAUUGAGAAUGAAUGUAGAGAAUAGUUUGUUGGAAGGAGUGUAUAUUGGAGCAAUGAGGAGUUACGGUAGAAAGGGGAACGUUCAAGAAGCAGUUGAUGUGUUUGAGAGAAUGGAUUUUUACAAUUGCGAUCCGUCUGUUCAAUCGUAUAAUGCAAUCAUGAAUAUCUUGGUUGAAUAUGGGUAUUUUAAUCAAGCCCACAAAGUGUAUAUGAGAAUGAGAGAUAAGAAGGUUGUUCCUGACGUGUACACAUUUACAAUUAGGAUAAAAUCCUUUUGCAGGACGCGUAGGCCACAUACUGCCUUGAGGCUCCUAAAAAACAUCCCUUCCCAUGGGUGUGAACUCAAUGCAGUUGCAUACUGCACAGUAGCAAGUGGAUUUUAUGAAGAGAAUUUCCGAGUUGAGGCAUACGAAUUGUUUGAUGAAAUGCUUAGGAAUGGAAUUUGUCCUAGUAUUACCACAUUCAAUAAGCUUAUGCACACACUUAGCAAGAAGGGAGAUGUUCAAGAAAGUGAAAAACUCCUGAACAAGGUUCUGAAAAGGGGGGUGUCCCCUAAUUUGUUUACUUUCAAUAUUUUCAUUCAAGGCCUUUGCAGAAAAGGCCUUCUCAAGGAGGCUUCUAGCAUGGUGGAUAGUUUGACGAGAGAAGGUUUAAGUCCUGAUGUUGUUACUUAUAACACACUUAUAUGUGGCUUGUCCAAAAACUUUAGGGUUGCAGAAGCUGAGAACUGUUUGCAAAGAAUGGUGAAUGAAGGGUUUGAGCCUGAUGCUUUCACUUACAACAUCAUAAUUGAUGGAUAUUGCAAACUGGGUAUGAUACAAAAUGCAUAUAGGAUUCUUAAUGAUGCAGUUUUCAAGGGGUUUCUGCCCGAUAAAUUUACAUACUGCUCCUUAAUUAAUGGUUUAUGCCAGGAUGGUGACAUAGACAGGGCAAUGAGUGUGUUUAAUGAAGCAUUGAGGAAAGGGUUGAAGCCUAAUAUUAUAAUCUACAAUACAUUAAUUAAAGGGUUGUCACAAGGGGGACUAAUCUUACAAGCCUUUGAGCUGAUGAAUGAGAUGCCAGAAAAUGGUUGCAAUCCUGAUAUAUGGACUUACAAUUUAGUUAUAAAUGGGUUGUGCAAGAUGGGUUGCGUAUUAGAUGCCCAUAAUCUCAUGAAUGAUGCUAUGGCCAAAGGGUUCCUUCCUGACAUUUUUACCUUCAACACACUGAUUGAUGGUUGCUGUAAACAGUUAAAGAUGGACAAUGCAAUUGAGAUGCUCAAUGGCAUGUGGGACAAUGGUGUUAUCCCCGAUGUGAUUACUUAUAACUCUGUGUUGAAUGGCCUCUGCAAAACUGCAAAAUCUGAUGACGUUAUGGAAGCUUUCACAGCAAUGUUGGAGAAGGGGUGUGUUCCUAACAUUAUCACCUAUAACAUCCUUAUAGAAAGCCUUUGCAAAGCUCGAAAAUUAGUAGAAGCUUUGAGCUUGCUUGAGGAAAUGGAAAACAAGGGUAUGUCCCCAGAUGUUGUUAGUUUUGGCACACUGAUCAGUGGGUUUUAUGAGAAUAGGGAUGUGGUUGGAGCCUACGAGCUGUUUAGAAGAAUGGAACAACAAUAUAAAUUUAUGCAUACAACAGCAACAUACAAUAUUAUGAUACAUGCAUUUUCCGAGAAGCUACAAAUGGAUAUGUCACAAAAGCUAUUUCAUGAGAUGAUUGACAAUGGCUGCCCCCCUGAUAAUUACACUUACCGUGUCAUGAUUGAUGGCUUUUGCAAAACUGAUAAUGUUGAUUCUGGGUACAAAUUUCUUCUUGAUAAGAUUGAGAAGGGGUUCAUUCCAGCUUUGACAACCUUUGGACGUGUAAUAAAUUCCCUGUGUCUGAAGCAUAAAGUACGUGAGGCGGUUGGUAUAGUACACCUUAUGGUGCGCAAGGGUAUUGUACCAGAUAUUGUGAACACUAUUUUUGAGGCUGAUAAAAAGGAGGUAGCAGCACCAAAGAUUGUUGUGGAAGAUUUGUUGAAGAAGAGUCAUAUAAUAUAUUAUGCAUAUGAACUUCUAUAUGAUGGCAUCAGAGACAAGAAAUUAAUAAAGAAAAAGCUUCCAAGAAGCUAUGCUAAUGAUCCUAGGAAGAGGUCUUCUUAUGCUAAUAAUUAGAUAUGAAUUUUCACGUGCAAGGAGAGAAUGAUCACAAUAAGUGCAUCAAAUCUGAAGAUUUUAAGGUGCAUCAAGUAUGGAGCUGUUGGCUAUUGAGCUCUAGUGGCAUCUAAUGAGACACUUCUCAUUGCAUCUAAUCAACAUCACAGCAGAAUGGAACGUAGUCCUGCCCGGGCCGCCCCAUAUUUAAUGCUUUUACUUCUUAAUGCAUGAAUCUGAAGAUUUUAAUGUGCAUCAAUUAUGAAGCUGUUGGCUAUUGAGCUCUAGUGACAUCUAAUGAGACACUACUCACUGCAUCUAAUCAGCAUCAAAGCAGAACAGAAGGGCUAAGCCCAAAUGGGAGACUUCAACCACAGAAUGGUUGCUGUUGUUGAGCUGCAUACAAAUAGUAAUUUUCCUUUAGGAAAGGUUUGAUUAUUCUGUGCCUCUUCUAAGUUCCCAAGGGAGCCACAGCAGUGGAGAACACUGUAGAGAUGGACAUUGACAACAACUCCAAGUUCCAACUACACUGCCAACACCAACCACCCGAGCAAACACAAAUACUGUAGCAUGUCAAUGACUUUCAGAUACCAUAUUUAAGGUCGAACUCGAACAACAGCUGCGAAGGAGGAGGAGGAGGAGUUCCACGGUCUGCCUCUCACUCGAUCUCGAACAGCAGCUCGACGGUCGUCGAUCAGGUUCGCGAACAGGAGCUCCACGGUUUUCCAUUAGAUUGGUAGGCGAAUUUUCAUGCAAAGGCUUGAAACUGGCAACCGUGAUGGUGACAUAGAGCAAUGCCGGUGCAGGCAUUUCAGAAGCUAAUUUAUGUUUCAACUCGUGUUUGGAGAAGCAUCAACUUUCCUUGAAGCGUGUGUUCAAGGUCACUGAUGCUCAGAGUUUGGCCACUAUAAAAUGGGACAGUGCAACUUUGAAGAUAUUGGCUGGUUGAUUCACUCUCUAUCAAGGUAUGGCAUCAUCUAAUAAGCCAAAGAUAGUUGAAAGGGAUGUGAAGCAGAAAGAAUACAAAGGAGUUGAUAAAGAUACAUUUUGAGAGAUUCUCUUUUAAAGAAACCGUUGCUAUUCUUCAUUUGAAAUUUGAGAAUAAGAACUACUUCGAUUUGAAUUUGAAAACUGAGUUUUGAUUUUUGUAGAUUUUACUUUCUAUAUACUCAUGGUUUGGGAGGAGUGCUCUGAUGAGUGGAUGCCAAAUUUUUUUUUUUAUAUGAUUGCAUGACAUUUAAUUUUUGUGCAUUUUUAGUUAUGAAAUUAAAUGGUUACAAAAUUCCCAACUUUGAUUUUUAAUGACGAAAAUGUGUGGUAGAGAGUCAUUUGUCUUUUAGCGAUCAAAUAUAAUUGUGGCUAAAAAUGCCAUUAUUUUCCUUUUUGUGAAUUAAUUGGGACAUUUUGAGAAAAUUUUUUAGUUCUUUAAAAUCAAUCAUUUUAUGGCCAUAUAAAUUUAAUCGUUAAUUGUCAUUUUCAGUGACACUUUUGAAAAAUCGUCCCUAAAAGUUAAUUUUGGACUUUGCAAGAGGUACUUUAGCGAUGCUUUUAGUGACCAAUUUAUCAUUGUCACUAAAAGCAUUUAAAGAGCAAAAUAAUUAGCUGCCAAAAGUUUUGUACGUUAUAGUGACUGGUAAAUGUGCCCAUUGCAGGCACUCAAUAUUAAAGUUAGCUUUCUUUGUAUGAGCAGUACAAGAGAGCUGUGGUGACAUAUAUUUAGUCAAAUAAAAAAAAAAAAA